CAAACUCCUAAAUAAAAAGGAAAAAGUGCAGUUAUACUUAAUAUAUUUGGUUCGUAUAUAUUCCUAAGUAUUCUACGUGCAAUGUUCACAUCAAUCUUUCUCAAGCAAGCACACACGUCUUCUUUCUUGGUUCUCAAUCCUGUGCUACAGAAAAUAUGCCUCCAACGAGAUCAUGUGCAUCAGGAGCCAAGAAAAGACAAAAAAAAAGACAGAGUUGAUGCAUUGGUGAAAUCAAUGCAAGGUUCUAUGGACAGAUUUCUUGUAAAAUCAGCAAAUCUUAAUGAAUCCGGUAGAAGUGGUGAUGAGUUUGAUGAUCCAAUGGAAGAUGAGAAUGAAAUAAAUGAUGAGGAUGUCAAUGAAGAAGAUAAGGAGGUUGAAGAUGAUGUUACUGAUGUCACUGAAAGGUUAAAUGGUCUAGCAAUUAUAUCGAUCGAGAGAGAAUUAGUUAGGAAUCUAGAUUAUGAUAAUUUGAUUAAAGAGUUUAUUGAAAAAGAGGGAAGAAAAAUUUUGUCUUAGUUUUUUAAAGUUAUUGUCUUAAUAUUUUUUUUUCAAAUAUAUAUUGUACUAUGAUAAAAAAAAAUUUAUAAAGGGGCCCCAUUUUUAUAUUCGCCUCAGGCCCCAUUAA